GGCUGUUGUGGCUCUGAUGUAAAGCAGUAUGUAUACGGAGGCUGGGCCUGGGCUUGGUGGUGCAUUACUGACACCCAAAGGAUUUCCCUAGAGAUAAUGACGUUACAGCCCAGGUGUGAGGACGUAGAGACGGCGGAGGGGGUAGCUUUAACUGUCACAGGUGUGGCACAGGUGAAGAUAAUGACUGAGAAGGAGCUCCUGGCUGUGGCCUGUGAGCAGUUCUUGGGGAAGAACGUGCAGGAUGUGAAGAACGUGGUCCUUCAGACGCUGGAGGGGCAUCUGCGCUCCAUCCUAGGUACCCUGACAGUGGAGCAGAUCUAUCAGGACAGGGAUCAGUUUGCCAAGCUGGUGCGGGAGGUGGCAGCUCCUGACGUGGGUCGCAUGGGUAUCGAGAUCCUGAGCUUCACCAUCAAGGAUGUCUACGAUAAAGUGGAUUACCUGAGCUCCCUGGGAAAGACUCAGACUGCCGCUGUCCGAAGGGAUGCAGACAUCGGUGUGGCAGAAGCCGAGCGAGAUGCUGGCAUUCGGGAGGCAGAGUGCAAGAAGGAAAUGCUGGAUGUCAAGUUCAUGGCAGAUACCAAAAUAGCAGAUUCCAGACGGGCUUUUGAAUUGCAGAAGGCUGCCUUCAGUGAGGAGGUCAACAUUAAGACUGCGGAGGCCCAGCUGGCCUACGAGCUCCAGAGCGCCCGGGAGCAGCAGAAGAUCCGCCAGGAGGAAAUUGAAAUCGAGGUGGUGCAGCGCAAGAAGCAGAUCGAUGUCGAAGAGAAAGAGAUCAUCCGGAUGGAGAAGGAGCUGAUAGCCACUGUGAAGCGGCCGGCCGAGGCUGAAGCCUACCGUAUCCAGCAGAUCGCCGAGGGCGAGAAGGUGAAGCAAGUCCUCAUUGCUCAGGCGGAGGCAGAAAAGAUCCGCAAGAUCGGAGAAGCGGAGGCCUUUGUGAUUGAGGCCAUCGGGAUGGCGGAGGCUGAGAGGAUGAAGCUGAAGGCUGAAGCACUCCAGCAGUAUGGAGAAGCUGCCCAGCUGGCUCUAGUGCUGGAUGCGCUGCCUGAGAUUGCUGCUAAAGUGGCUGCCCCCCUCUCCAAAGUGGACGAGAUCGUUAUUCUCAGUGGAGAGAGCAGCAACACAACGUCCGAGGUGAACCGUCUGCUGGCCGAGAUCCCCGCCUCCGUGCGUGCCAUCACCGGCGUGGAUCUCACAAAGAUUCCCCUGAUCCAGAAAGCCACCGGGGCCCAGGCAUGAGGCUGGCCAACCCAAAGCUAGUGAAGAUCACUCCCUGUUAUGCACUCAGACAUCAACUGCCUUCAACACGUGGGAAUUCCUUUUAUAUCAAAGACAAUUGGAGUUUCAUUUUUAA